AUGCUAGGGACAGAACUUGGCAAAAAGGUAGAUGCCAACUUUAUCCAGAAAGGCUAUGAAGAAUUCCUCAUCAAGAACAAAAAACCUCCUCCGACUAUGCCAAAAAAGAAGCCACUAACAAAGGAGCAGAAGAGAGCAGAGAUGAGAAAAAGAGGCAUUUUCGUCGAAGCUGACGAUACGGAAAUGGACUAUUCGGAUAUGGAAAAAAUGGCUUCG